AUGAAGGCUGACAUAUGUGUGCAUUUGAAUCGCAAGGUGUUCAAUGAGCAUUCAUGCUUUCGACUCGCAUCUGAUGGUUGUCUUCGAUCGCUGGCGAUGUACCUUGAGUCUAAUCAUGCUGCUCCUGGUGAUCUUCUCUAUCACACCGGUGAAUCUGUCGAUGCGCUCUGGUUCGUCGUGAGCGGAUCGUUGGAGGUGAUUCCAAGACGAGGAAGUAGUGGCGAUUCUGGUUCCAAAAUAUUUCAGGUGUUGCAUUUCUACAAAGCGUUCGCUAAUUCAUUUGCCAGAAAUCUUGUACUCACCUACAACUUGACGCAUCGGUUGAAGUUCCGAAAGGUUGUGGACGUGAAACGAGAAAAGGAGCUGGACGCUCGGCGGAAGAACGAAAAGCUCACUCUACCACCAGAUCAUCCUGUUCGAAAGCUGCUCUUCCGAAUGCGAGAACGCCAUGGACCACGCAUAUUUCCCAAGUCCGAUGUUUGCCGAUAUCGAAAAGGUGGCUUGAAAAAGCACCAUUCGGAGAUAAAUCGGAUUUCGUCGGUGCACUCUAUGGUCGAUGAGACGUCCAAUUUGCUCUCGUCAAGCUAUCCGGCUCGAUCUCCACGAAAUGGUCAGAAAAACAAGCGGCCGCCACUUGUUGUGAGUGAACUUAACGAGGGUUUUUUCCAAUGUGACAAGGGUAAAGCAGUUACCCAGGAUUCUUUCCCAAUUCAGAAGCGCCAGACGGUUGACGAGGAUGCGCUUUCUCGAACUAGUUGGGGAGGCACAGGAGGCACACAAGGCGAGCAAAAGCUCAAGGACAAGGAUUGGACUUCGUUAAAUAACGUUCGAUCGGAGAUGCGGUCCAAGUUUGAGGUUAUUCACGAUCGACUCGGCAUGGUUGACCAGAUCAACUCACGUCUCCAGAAUCUGGAACGACUAUUGAUUCAAAUGGUUCAGAAUCAAGGUGGUACUGAUGAAAUCCGGAAGAAUAGUGAUGAAUUUUCCGUUCAGGUCACACUCCAUCUACACUUGCCGGCCGGUUCCUUAAUGAUUUUGAACGAGACCAGCGGUAGCCAUCUUGAAAGUCCUGGCAAUUUUGUGGCACGAAGUGUAUCAUGGAAUCAAGAUGAGAGCUGGCGGCCAGUACCCCCGUUGGAGGAGCUGAAAAACGUCGAAUGGAAUAGCGAGGACAGUCCAUCCGGUGUGCCCGCGAUUCACGUCGAGGACGACAGCACGACACGUGCCGUUCACCGUCCACCUGAUCGUCGACGGAUAUAA